GUCCAGCGCAAUUAGCCCACCACACAAUUGCCCUCAUAAAACAAUGUCAACAACUAAAGUUGCAGUUUCCGCCACGCGGCAGAUAAAUGCUGUUGUAGUAUCAGCAGGCCUUAUGCAGAAAACUGUGAAAGCACGAGUUGGCGUUCAGAAAUGGAAUGGGCAUAUUAAGAAGCAUUUCAACAGAAGCACCAAUGUCCUAGUUCACGACCCCAACUCUUCCCUCCGCAUCGGCGAUAUCAUCUCCAUCUCCCCCGGCUGGCGAUACAGCAAACACGUACACCACGUAGUUAAUAGUAUCGUGGCGCCAUUUGGAGAGCCGAUUGAGGACAGGCCAGCGAUACCGACGCUGGAGGAGAGGGUGGAGAGUAAGGAGGCGAAGUGGAGGGCGAAGGUUGAGAGGAGGUGGGCGAGGAGUGGGAGGCCUGGAUCGCCCUGGGACACUCCAAGGGAAGCAGAGGUUGAGGGAAGAAAAAGUGAGGUGGGCGAAGAUGGGAUGGUGGAAGAGUUGCUUGGAGAAGGAGAGAGGCACGCGAGUGAAGCCAAGGGCCAGGGCGCCGGGGAGAAGAUACUUGCUUGA